AUAUAGUAUUAUUAAAGAACCAAGACAAUACAUUAUAAGACUAAUCAAAAAGAUAGCAGAGGAAAAUCAACACGCCUAGAAAAGAAGCUGCAAACCACACCAUCUCUCUUCUUAGUUCCCACCUAAUAUAUAUACUCCCAUCUACUUCCAAGCCUUCCUCAAACGUAUAUCUAUAUCUCUCUUCCUAGCUUAAGAAACAUUAUUUUGUAGCAUAGGAGUCAUUAGAUUGUGGCUAAUUCACAAGGAUAAGUGUCAUGAAAAUCGCAUGGGGAUCGAUCUUCUCGAGUUGUUUCAAGGGUGAUGAGUCUGUGUCACCUUCUCCCAAGCCCACCAAAGUGGUGGCUACAAAAGGUGGUUCUUCUUCCAACAGGGUAUCCAUAACGGACUUGAGUUUUCCUGGCUCAACGCUUUCGGAGGAUCUGUCCGUUUCUCUAGUGGGAUCUAACCUCCAUGUUUUUUCACUCGCGGAGCUCAAGAUUAUAACGCAGAGUUUCUCUUCAAGCAACUUUCUCGGUGAAGGGGGGUUCGGGCCCGUGCACAAGGGCUUCAUUGAUGACAAGCUUAGGCCUGGUCUUGAGCCGCAACCCGUGGCCGUCAAGCUCUUGGACUUGGACGGUUCUCAGGGCCAUAAAGAGUGGUUGACUGAAGUUGUGUUUUUGGGUCAACUAAGGCAUCCACACCUUGUGAAGUUGAUUGGAUAUUGCUGUGAAGAAGAGCACAGGCUUUUGGUGUAUGAAUAUUUACCACGAGGCAGCUUAGAGAAUCAACUUUUUAGAAGAUUUACGGCAUCGUUACCAUGGUCAACAAGAAUGAAAAUUGCUGCUGGAGCUGCAAAGGGACUGGCUUUUCUACAUGAAGCAAAGAAACCAGUCAUCUAUAGAGAUUUCAAAGCUUCAAACAUCUUGUUAGACUCUGAUUAUAAUGCAAAGCUUUCUGAUUUUGGCUUGGCUAAAGAUGGUCCCGAGGGAGAUGACACCCACGUUUCAACUAGAGUGAUGGGCACUCAAGGAUAUGCAGCCCCAGAAUACAUUAUGACAGGACACUUGACAGCAAUGAGUGAUGUGUAUAGUUUUGGAGUUGUCCUUUUGGAGCUUCUAACAGGAAGAAGGUCAGUGGACAAAGGGAGGCCAGCAAGAGAGCAGAACCUGGUGGAAUGGGCCCGGCCCGUUUUGAAUGAUUCUCGAAAGCUCAGCAGAAUAAUGGAUCCAAGACUUGAGGGCCAGUACUCUGAGAUAGGGGCAAAAAAAGCUGCUGCAUUGGCUUAUCAAUGCCUCAGCCACAGGCCAAGGAGUAGACCCUUGAUGACCACAGUGGUUAAUGUUCUCGACCCACUUCAGGACUUUCAUGAUGUCCCAAUUGGACCCUUUGUUUACACAGUUCCAGCUGAUCAAGAGAGUGAAACACCUAAAGAGAGGAAGAGAAAUCAUCAUCACAACAAUGGCCAUAAGCAUGAUGAGGUCAAUAAAGAUAAUAAUGCAAAUGAAUGUGAAGCACCUAGGGAGAGGAGGAGGGAAAAUGGUCACCAUCACAAAAGUCAUCAUCGCCACAAUAAUGGUCAUAGGCAUCAUCCACUUAAAUCGCCAAAGUCACCAAUUUCACAAUCAGAGAAUGAUCCACACCAAAAUGGUAGAAGAAGUGGAUCAAACUCAUCACCUGAUACAUCCAUUGCAUCAGAAGGAGCAGGGAGCAUGGGUUAGUAGACACAUACAUCAUACUGUAAAUAUAUAUUUUCUGGUGAAUUAUUAGAGUUACAUGGUGUGCCACGUACUAGUACUAGCCUUCAAGCGAAUAAGAGACAAAAAAAGAUGAAAAGAGAAGAAAGUGCAAUUGUAAGGGUCCUUGCAUGGAAACACAUGCUUGAGUUUUUUUUUUUUUUUUUUUCAUU